AUGCAGCAUCGCACCACACAGCCAUAUUCGACCGUUGCACCGUUGCAUCACAUCCAGCAACAAUCGCAAACAAGGACGUUGAGCGGAACUCAAAAUACUCAGCAACCUUAUCCGUCGCCGAACAUCUAUCCGCCUCAACCCAGUCUCCAGUCGCCAUUUCUCAAUAGCCAGGCUCAAUUCCAGGCGCAACCCGCCCCUACCGACCCACCGAACUUUUACCCUCCUACGCAAAGCCCACGAAGCCAGCAUAGCGGUGCUGGAGCCUAUUAUCCUCCGGAAAAAUCCGAUUCUAUGGCAGCAGCAACCGCGACCAUGCAGAGGCCUUACCCUCCAAUUUAUCACACUCCACAGUCGAACUCACCCGCUUCAGUCACCUCACCUCAGACUCACGAUCCUGCGCGGCCCAUGUAUGCUCAGCCAGCCUCUCAGUUGAGCCAGCCUCUCUAUGGCUAUCAGUAUGGGAUGAAUUCGGUACACCAGCCGGCCUACGGACAACACCAUGCAACCCCCCAGCAACACCAGAUUAAUUCUCAAUCGAUGCUUCCAUAUCAAUCGACGACUACCCAAAUCGCUCAGCCCCAGGUGGCAUCGCAUCAUUCCACCAUUUCCAGCAGUCCAAGAUUAAAGUCGGAGGCGAACCAGCAUUAUCAACAAACCCCCCAGCCGCGACCGGGAAUGCUUCAACAACAGCAGCAACAACAACAUCCGACUCCGGUUCCCCAGCCCUCGGCUCUGCCACAACAACAAGCUCAACAGCAAUCCACACACCAACAGCAACAACAACAACAGCAACAGCAAAUGGCGCAACAGCAGCAGCAGCAGCAGCAGCAACAGUCAUCAAAUCAGCAAAUGCCGCCAAAUUUACAGCCAAUCUCGAAUGCAGCGCCUGGACCUAUCCCUGCAACGACACCUUUGAAGAUCCGACAAGACGGGAACGGUGUGCAGUGGAUAGCUUUCGAAUACUCCAGAGAUCGCGUCAAAAUGGAGUAUACUAUCAGGUGUGACGUCGAGUCGGUGGAUGCCACAGUGUUGUCGCAGGAAUUCAAGUCCGAAAAUUGCGUCUACCCACGAGCUUGUGUACCAAAGGAACAGUACAAAGGAAACCGAUUGACCUAUGAAACAGACUGCAACCAUGUGGGUUGGGCGUUGGCAGAGCUGAAUCCGUGUCUCCGAGGCAAGAGAGGGUUGAUCCAAAGGGCCGUGGACAGCUGGAGAAACAGCAACCAAGACCCGCGACUGCGAAGCCGCCGCGUCCGGCGACAAGCCAAGAUAAACAGGUCCAAAAUGACACCUUCGUCCCUGGGCAAGGCGCCCGGAUCGGGUGGUUCCGUGUCGACAGGGCUUCCUGGUCCAAACUCAAUGGCAGCUCCCCCGGUCAGGGCUCCCGGUUCUCUGUCCAGUACACCAUCUCAGAUGCUCCAUCACGCCCAGGAUGUGUCUCCUACCGGGCAUGAGAAUGUUGGAGCUCCUACCUAUAAUCCCGCACAACAAACUUAUCGGCAAAAUACUGUAACGCCGCAAAUGACAAGUCCGAACGACUUACGCCAAAGUCAUGUUUUCACAGGCUACCCAAGCUACCCAGCGUCUCUAGCUCCUUCCAUGGGACCGUCCAUGGCACCAUCAAUGCAGGGAGGUCUCCAUCAUCUCGGACGGCCGGGAGGGACGGCUGCCAUGGCCUCAAAAGAACAAGAGGAGAAGAAUGAGGAGGAAAAUGCCUUAUUCGGAGAGCUGCCUGAAGGUAAACGACGAAAAUUCAUUCUGGUGGAAGAUACGCAGAAAAAUGCCCGCGUGCGAGUCAAGGUUACUCUGGAUCAAAUCGAGAUGAGUGAGAUCCCGGAUUCCUACCGCAAGCAGAACUCUGUCUUUCCUCGAGCAUACUUCCCGGUUCAGAUGCAGACUGGUUCCGAAUCGACGCCAGGGGCCCGUUUCGUCGAAGAAGGGGAUGAAGUUGACAGUGGUGUGCCGACGAUUGGAAAAACAUCCGUCUCGGUUUCGACCACGGAUGGCGAAGCUGAGGUGUCUGUGCCCCUGAUCUCUAGAAGCAAAAGAGGCCGGGAGCAAAAGAUCAAUGAAUUGGGAUAUCGCAUGGCUUGGGGACAGGGUCGAGUUUUUUCGGGCAGAUCGAUCUUCCUUGCUCGAGCCCGUGAGUGAUUCGCAGGUUGAUAUGUCGCUGAAACAUUGACGUUUGCGCAGUCGACGCUUACCGCAGCAAGCAACGAAGUGCCCUCCUCGCAUCCGGUUCCGAUCCAACCCAUAUCCCAGCUCACCUCGAAAUUCGACCCGGCAAGAGAAAGUGGCUCGAACGAACCAGAGCUGCUACGCAAGCACCGGCGACGCCAGUGCCUGCUUCGGACUAAACGACGACUGCAACUCGGCGGAACACACCCGCAUAUUUGUUUUGCACCACCUAGCGAUACCUCGAAGUACAGUUUUUUGGACUUGUACAUUAUUCCAACUCACCCAAGCGAUGCACUGUAUAAUCACGCUGCCGGGUGAGACACAAAAAGUCGGAUAUUUGACGCUGUGCGCCAUGCGUUCAAAACUUGCAAGUUGCCGUCUUAAUCAUCUUUGGCCGGCCCAUGUGUCGUUUUUGGAUUUGCGAACUUGUUGUUCCGAGAAGAGUCCGGUGGGAUGAAUGACCUUUACACGUCAUGGUUGAGAUCCGUACAGGGCGGAAGAGUGGAAUAUUCUUCAACCUGUGCCUACUCGGCUUUCACAUCUCAUCAUAUGAGAACCUGCGGUUUAGGGGGGAGAAAAAGAUGCAUGUUACGGAUACCCUUUUGCGUUGUUUUGCUUUUACAGGUCUGUUACAGGUGACAGGCGGAUGUCGAUUUUAUUGUUUCUUUUUAUCGCAGAGAGCCUACUCAACCAAGCAAGAGCAUCAGUGGCGAGUGUGCAGUUUGUCGCCGGGUUCCUUCCGCGAGGUGAUAGGUUGGGAAUGUACUGGGACUGGGGCUGGGACUGGAACUGGGAAACGGGAGAUGGAACGAUUUUGCAGAGACGGCCGAUUUUCCUUUUUGUUACUUCAUCUACAACCUGGUUCUGCCAGUGCAAGGACGGGCGGACUGCGGACUGCGGACUGCGAUUGGCCAUCAAAUGUGAGGGACGAAAGUGUUUUCAUUUCGCACGGCCAGCGGAUGUGGGAGAAGGGAUCUUGGGAGGCGGGAGCAGCCUUUGUUUACUUGGACGCAUUCAUGAUACCUUUUUCCUUCUUUGUUGUCUUGAAUACUUUUAUAUUCACCUGGGCGGAUUCAGUGAUUUUGAGCAUUUUGGCCUGGCACGGCCGCGAAGGAGGGACAAUUGGGAACAAGAAUGGCCAUGGGCACUGAGUUGGGAAUGGGCAUAUUGGUAUAAGGAAUAGGGGGGAAGCGAGUUAGUGAAGGAAUGUAUGUACCUGGAGCUCAAACUGGGCAGGAUGGCUAGGAAGGCAUUGCUCUGGCAUGCCAUGCAACGCAAUGCAAUGGAAAGGGAAAGGCAAAUGGAAAGGAUAAGGACCACGCCAUUCAAACAGGAGGAGGAACUUCCGUCAAUCACGGAUCAUUUUUUCAUGGUGGGAAUUGGGAUGGGUGCGAAUGGGGGGG